CCAUUGACAGAGAGAGAGAGAUGGGUAGUCAUGCGGAAGUGUAUAGCAGAAGUACUGAAAGUAGAUGGAGUCUUGAGGGAACUACGGCUCUUGUCACGGGCGGAACAAAAGGAAUUGGGCAUGCUAUUGUGGAGGAACUUGCACGUUUUGGUGCGGCUGUACAUACAUGCUCUCGAAAUGAAGCUGAGCUUAGUGAAUGCAAGCACGAGUGGGAGAAAAAGGGUUUUCGAGUCACUGGUUCAGUAUGCGAUGUAACUUCUCCAUCUGAACGACAGAAGCUAAUUACAACUGUCUCAUCUCUCUUCGAUGGCAAACUAAAUAUCCUUAUUAACAAUGUUGGAACAAACAAAAUAAAACCGACAACGGAGUACAAAGCCGAGGAUGUCUCGCUUAUAAUGUCCACAAAUUUCGAAUCAGCUUAUCACUUGAGCCAACUUUCACAUCCUCUUCUGAAAGCUUCGUCAGCUGGAAGCAUUGUGUUUAUUUCUUCAGUCUGUGGCGUCGUAUCAAUUAACGUUGGAUCCAUAUAUAGCGCCACCAAAGGGGCAAUGAAUCAGCUAACCAAAAAUCUUGCAUGCGAGUGGGCAAAAGAUAAUAUAAGGGCUAAUUGUGUUGCACCUUCGUUCACCACGACUUCCCUUGCUGAACCUUUUUUUACUGAAGCUAUCAUCUCUCGAACGCCAAUGGAAAGGGUUGGAGAGCCAAAAGAGGUGUCUUCAUUGGUGGCGUUUCUUUGCCUUCCUGCGGCCUCUUUCAUCACCGGCCAGAUUAUUUGCGUCGACGGAGGGAUGACGGUGAAUGGCUUGACGAUGUCCACAUGAUAAGCAUGGAUACAUAUAUGGGCAUUGGGUUUGUAACAAGAACUAAAUAAGGACAAUUCUCUGUGUCCCUUUCAAGGGCAGAGUAUCUCAUUUAUAUAGACAAAUAAUACAAAUCAAUCUCUUAAAAUUAUGGACAUCAUGGUUGAUCAUUGCACUGAUUUCUCCUAUGUUUAAGGGUCAUAAUUUACAUAAGUCUGGCAAAUUGUUAUCCCUUAGAAACAGGGCCAGUUGUAUCUGUC